AUGGUCAGUUUGUCCAUCAAGGUGCUUAGCCCACUCCGCAGGGUGAAAAGUGGUAUGGCUUCUGGAAGCCUGUCCAUCGUGCCUCGAGGGGGUAGUCCAGUGGUUCUCUGCUGGAUUGGAGACCCUUCCUGGUCUGCUGAGAUGCCUUCUCCGGCCAUGAGGUUGACUAACUCUCCCUGCUGCAGUCCACCUCCG